AGCGAUGAGUGGGCGGAGUUUUCGGUGUCGGUUUUGUGUGUCUGUGGCGCUAAAAUUAUCCACGAACACACGGAGUCAGCCACUUCUAUCUUAUUACCGGGAUUGUAGACGGCAACGUGUCGUAUAUUAGAAAAGAGCGGCUUGUAAUGAUGCCCGAGCUCUCCAUGUCAUAGUUGCGCUUGAUAAUGUUUAUAGUCAAUAAACUGCAGUACACAGACCCAUGAUGUUUUGGUCAGUGUAAUACAACACGACAUUUAUAAACCACUCCUUGUUCAUGGUUUCGGAUGACAUAUAAUCCAGUUUGGAUCGAGUUCUUGUCAACCAGUGCGAUACACACUUCUUAGGAGAGUUUCCGUGUCGAUAGUUUGUGUCUUAAGUGUUUGCAAAUUAAACCGGAAAUGCUGCGCGAGCCGGGAGACGCGAGACGCCAUGCCCGGGACAUCUCGGGGUCAAGUCAAGUGCACAUGUCUACAUCAUUGUUUCACAGAUUAUGAGGAUUACACACGGCUUCCCUAGAAAGAGAGUUUGCUGAAGGAUUUUGGCGAGCAUGUCUCGUGUGCUUCAAUUGCUCCUUCUAUGGCUCUUGGUGAGGGUUUCAGAGUCCCAGGGCUAUGUGGGCAGUGGACUGGAUCUUGUGGCAGGCAUUAAAAAGGUUUUGCCCUCUGUUACUCAUCGUGCCAACGCUAGCCAAAUUUUCUAUGGAAUCAUGUGUGAUGCUGGGAGCACUGGAACACGGAUCCAUAUCUACACCUUCGUUCAAAAUAAGCCGAACCAACUCCCAUUUUAGAUAAUGAAAUGUUCCAGUCUGUGAAGCCUGGACUCUCUGCCUAUGCAGACAUGCCAGAAAAAGCCAGGGCCUCGGUGAAGAAGUUGCUGGAGGUUGCGAAAAGCACAGUGCCUCGUGUGGAGUGGGAACGAACCCCAGUGAUGCUGAAGGCUACAGCAGGACUGAGGAUGCUGCCGCUUGACAAAGCUCAUGCUCUUUUACAGGAGGUUGAAGAUGUGUUUGAUGACUCUCCAUUCUAUGUGCCUGCUGAUAGUGUAAGCAUAAUGGAUGGAACAAGUGAAGGAGUUUUGGCCUGGGUGACUGUAAACUUUUUGACAGGUCAGCUUUUCCCCAACACAAAAAAGUCAGUAGGGAUUUUGGAUUUGGGUGGAGGAUCAACUCAAAUCACCUUCCUUCCAAAAAAAACAACUGAGAGAUUUCCUGCCGAUUACACCGCAAGAUUCAGUAUAUUUAACACAACGUAUAAAUUGUACACCCACAGUUAUUCCGGGAAUGGAAUCAAAGCUGCUCAACUUGCUGCUAUCGGUGCUUUGGGCUCAAAAGCUCCAGAAGGGAAGGUUUUCCAGAGCUCCUGCUUGCCUAAGAAUUACAAAGGGAAAAUGAGCUUUGGAGGUUUAAUCUACAAAGUCAGUGGAAAGCCAGGAGGUCCUACUGGGUACAAGAGCUGUUACAAAGAAAUGUUCAAGGUUGUGAAAGGUGUCAUACAGGAGCCAGAAGAACUGGAAGACAGCUGGAUCUAUGCCUUCUCUUACUACUUUGACCAUGCUGUUGAGGCCGGCCUUGUUGAUGAAGCACAUGGCGGGGCUGUGCGGGUCCGGGAUUUCAGGAAAAGAGCUAAAGAGGUGUGCAACAAAGUGUCCAUGUAUAAUCCUGAUUAUCCCUUCCUGUGUAUGGAUCUUACAUACAUAACCUGUCUUCUAAAGUCUGGUUAUGGUUUUGAGGAGGAAACUGUCCUGGAGUUGACAAAAAAGCUGCACAAUGUGGAAGCCAGCUGGGCUUUGGGAGCAACCCUCAGCUACUUUCAACACUUUAGCAUUGUCUAAGGAAAAGCCAAGAAUCCUGUCUACUGAGUCACCUGACUAUUGUAGCUAAAUUUUGCUUCCUACAAUAACAAUAAAAGUUUUAUGUGAGGCUUUUGUGCCUUUUCAUAUAUAGGAAUCGUAUAUUUUAGGGUUUUUUUGUAUUUUCACUUUUGCAGACUUUUUCGACAAAAUGAAAUUAUAUUCUUUAAUGAUUCUCGAUUCUGGCCUGUCAUACCUCCUAUAGAUUUUCAUUUCUUCAGCCUUAGGAAAUUGUAGUGGUCUUGUAUGUACAGGUGCUAUUAUUGCUGUUACAGCUGGCAUGCUGUUACUUAUCUGAAACAAUGGUAAUAAUAAUAAAAAUGUGAUUACACAUGUAGUACACGCUUUAAUAGUGUAAUCUGCCACUGGUGUUUUUCAGCUUUGUCACGUGGGACUGUGUUGAGAACUCAAUAAAUGUCAUACAUUUGA